UCUCGGUUUCCAUCUCGCUACAAAAGCUUACAGAAAAAAAAACGCAGCCCAGAAGCAGAGCAAAGAAUUCAGAGAGAGAGAGAGAGAUGGGGGAGAGGACGACGCCAUCAGAGAUGGUGGAGACUAGUGUGGCGACGAGGUCGUCUGUCCUAGAUGCGUUGAAGGGCUUAGGAGGGGCAGCGGCGGGGGUGCGGGUAGAUAAGGAGGAGCUGAGGAGGAGGAUCUUGAUCCCGGCGGACCUGGCUGCGACGAUGCGGGAAGCGAUCAAGUUUAGGGACCCGGGUGCUGCUGCGAGGAAGUACGCCGACGCGGCUGCUGAGAGGGCGGUGGUGGAGCCGCCGGAAGCGCCGUUGGUGGUCUUUGUGAACUCGCGCAGUGGGGGCCGACACGGACCGGAACUCAUGGCUAGGUUGCAGGAGCUUAUGGGAGAAUAUCAGGUUUUUGAUCUAUCUGAAGUAAAGCCCUCCGAUUUCGUGCAAUACGCGUUGCUAUGCUUGGAGAAGUUGGCGGAAUCCGGUGAUGUAAUUGCGAAGGUCACUCGAGAGAGGUUGAGGGUUGUGGUCGCGGGAGGUGAUGGCACAGUAGGUUGGGUAUUAGGAUGUCUAGGGGAGCUUUAUGCUCAGAACAGAGAACCAGUUCCUCCUACUGCAAUUAUUCCACUUGGUACGGGUAACGAUCUUUCUAGGAGUUUUAAUUGGGGCGGUUCAUUUCCAUUCGCCUGGAGAUCGGCUGUAAAACGCUCGCUUCUUAAGGCAGCUAAAGGUCCUGUCUGUCGUCUGGAUAGCUGGCAUGUCACCGUCACAAUGCCGGAAGUGGAAAAAUUAGAAUUGCCGCACUCUCUUAGGCAUAGAGAGCAACCUAACUUCAGUCAGGAGUUUGAUAUCGAUGGUAAUUUACCGGACAAGGUUUCAUGCUUUGAAGGGGUCUUCUAUAACUAUUUUAGUAUUGGAAUGGAUGCUCAAGUUGCUUAUGGGUUCCAUCAUUUACGUGAUAAAAAUCCAAACCUUGCACGAGGUCCAGUUUCAAACAAGCUAAUCUACAGCGGAUAUAGCUGCACUCAAGGAUGGUUUUUUACGCCCUGUGCAACUGAUCCUAGUUUAAGAGGACUAAGGAACAUUCUACGUAUUUAUAUAAAGAAAGUAAAUUGUUCAGAAUGGGAGGUAAUUCCAGUUCCAAAAAGUGUAAGGUCAAUAGUUUGCUUAAAUCUUCACAACUACGGAAGUGGAAGAAAUCCUUGGGGCCAUCCCAAGCCUGAAUAUCUCGAAAAGAGAGGCUUUGUUGAGGCCCAUUUGGAUGAUGGCCUCCUUGAAAUCUUUGGCCUUAAGCAAGGUUGGCAUGCUUCAGUCGUAAUGGUUGAGCUUAUAACUGCCAAGCGCAUAGCUCAGAUAAGUCCCCGUCCACUGCCUGAGACUUUUUUGGGUAUGAGAGUGUGCUGUCCUGAGAAAACCUGCACCUGUUUCUUGCUGUCCAGCCAAGUGGAAGGUCUUCAAAUGCUGUCAGGACGCGUCAGAUUGCUGAUCACACCUUCAAGAAGGUUCGUGGAUGCCACCUACCUCCUUCCAAGCCUUCCUAUGACCACAGGAGCCUCGUAUACUUCAUACUUCGGGCUGCUGCAGUUAGGUUGGAAGUCAGAGGCGGUGCGUGGAGAAGAGCAUACAUGCAGAUGGAUGGGGAGCCAUGGAAGCAGCCGCUUGAAGGUGAACACUCAACAAUAGUUGACAUAAAAAGAGUACCUUAUCAGUCGCUUAUGAUCACCGGGUAAUUGUAACUUUUAGGCUUGGUUUGCGACAGUUUCUUUGCUGCUUUCUAAAAUAA